UACCCUCCCCGCCGCGGCCGCUGCUGAUGUCAGCCUCGCUCGCGCUCGCUCCUCCCGCACCCACCUCCCGGCCCCAGGCACACUGCAUCGGCGCGGACGCUCCGGCCCCGGCGAGGUGGCUGCAAACUCGCGGGCACGCACGGCACCCGGGGAGCCGAGGGACUCGGGGGAGGGGACGCGCGCGGAAGGCGCCAGCUUCCUCCCGCCCGCCCCUGGCAGCCGCGAGCCGAGGUUGGAGGCGCCCGGGGCCCCAGCCGGGCAGAGCCGAGCGGCGGCGGCGGCUUCCCUUUUCUCCCCGAGCCGAGCCCCGGAGCGGCGCGGGGACCGGCCCUAAAAAGAGCAGGAAAUCUUGUUUACCGCCCGCGGAGAGGAGCCGAUCGAGCCUUUGUCUAGAAAGUCAGCAUCUCCGGCUCCGGCUGCAAUGUGUUCCUGGUGACAUUAGCAUCGGGCAGACCCGCUGGAGGAGGGGGGUCGCCAGGUUCCCGUCUGCUUUCGGAGGCGGAUCGAGCGGGUGACUUCUGUGCAUUCGUUUUAAUUUUUGGAAAUCUCUCUUUUUUCCUCCCUCGCUCGCUGCCGGGCAUGUCCUGAUCUGGCGGCCGCUCCUACCACCCUGGGCAGCCGAGCAGAGUCGUCCCCAGCGGGUCUCCCUCCCUGCCUCCCUGACUUUGCAACACCGCGUUCCGGGAGGACCGGCCUCGGCGAGGGAGGAGGUGGAGGAGCUGCGAACACCCGGACCCAAACCCUGACAUGCUCUGGGGCGGAGAGGAGGAAGCCAGGAGCUGAGCGCGCCGCGGGGGCUGCUUCGCCCUCCGGCUCCGAGCGUCGGGCUCCGGGCGCCCUGCCCUGCGCCUGGGCGGCAGCCUUGCUGGUCUGGGGGGCGCCCCCCGCUUCCCGCCCCGGGGGUCCGCGGCCGGCAGGACCAUGCUGCUGAAAGAGUACCGGAUCUGCAUGCCGCUCACCGUAGACGAGUACAAAAUUGGACAGCUGUACAUGAUCAGCAAACACAGCCAUGAACAGAGUGACCGGGGAGAAGGGGUGGAGGUCGUCCAGAAUGAGCCCUUUGAGGACCCUCACCAUGGCAACGGGCAGUUCACCGAGAAGCGGGUGUAUCUCAACAGCAAACUGCCUAGUUGGGCUAGAGCUGUUGUCCCCAAAAUAUUUUAUGUGACAGAGAAGGCUUGGAACUAUUAUCCCUACACAAUUACAGGUAAGUCCUUAUGUUCCUUUCUGCCGAAAUUCUCCAUUCAUAUAGAAACCAAGUAUGAGGACAACAAAGGAAGCAAUGACACCAUUUUCGACAAUGAAGCCAAAGACGUGGAGAGAGAAGUUUGCUUUAUUGAUAUUGCCUGCGAUGAAAUUCCAGAGCGCUACUACAAAGAAUCUGAGGAUCCUAAGCACUUCAAGUCAGAGAAGACAGGACGGGGACAGUUGAGGGAAGGCUGGAGAGAUAGUCAUCAGCCUAUCAUGUGCUCCUACAAGCUGGUGACUGUGAAAUUUGAGGUCUGGGGGCUUCAGACCAGAGUGGAACAAUUUGUACACAAGGUGGUCCGAGACAUUCUGCUGAUUGGACAUAGACAGGCUUUUGCAUGGGUUGAUGAGUGGUAUGACAUGACAAUGGAUGAAGUCCGAGAAUUUGAACGAGCCACUCAGGAAGCCACUAACAAGAAAAUCGGCAUUUUCCCACCUGCAAUUUCUAUCUCCAGCAUCCCCCUGCUGCCUUCUUCCGUCCGCAGUGCGCCUUCUAGUGCUCCAUCCACCCCUCUCUCCACAGACGCACCCGAAUUUCUGUCCGUUCCCAAAGAUCGGCCCCGGAAAAAGUCUGCCCCAGAAACUCUCACACUUCCAGACCCUGAGAAAAAAGCCACCCUGAAUUUACCCGGCAUGCACUCUUCAGAUAAGCCAUGUCGGCCCAAAUCUGAGUAACUUUAUAUAAAUAUCUCAUGGGGUUUUAUAUUUUCAUUUGUUGUUGUUUUUUUUUUUUUUUAAGAAUCUUCUGAUAGAGAAAAAGACUGCUUUGUCACUCAAACAUGUUCCUUCGACCUUUCAGUGUGCAUGUGACUCAGUAACUUCACAUAGAAUAUGAUUCCCUAAGUAUGCUACACAGCAUCAUAUCAGAUGUAAGAUGUAAGACUUGCAAACGACAGAAGGAAUCUUCUGUAACCACAUAGCUGUAUGCCAGAGAGGAAGCCUUGUUAUUGGGCAUUUGAUGAGGUUUGGCAUGGACUUCAAGGAUAAAUGAAUGAAAACUUUGCACCACUUUUGUUACAAGGUAUGGUAGAAAAUAGUGAAGUCAGUUUCCUCUCAUCAAAUCUAAAAUUCUCCAAAAUACUCUCAGGCAUAACAUACUUAGCUGUUAAAUUUUGAACUGCUAAUUACUAAUACUUGAAUACCAAUAGUUACUGAGAUUCCUAUUUUGUGGUUAGUCUGACUCAGGAUUUGGAGCCUAAUUAACUCUAAACUUUUGAAAAUUUUAAUCAUCAAGCUAUAGAGGCUCCAAGUACAAUUAAUAAUAACUCAUUUAUACCUUCCACAGAAUUUAAUAAAGAUUCUACUUGUUUCUGUCUUUUAAUAACUUUCCCCUUUUGUGCCCUUGUGGCCUCAGAAAUCCUUAAGAAUUGCAUGGAUGAAUGUGACCAUAACUGAUUUUGGAAUGGUUCAGUUUAGGAACCAAGAGGCCCAGGUGAGGCAACAUCUUUUUUCUCUACAGGUACCAACAAACCUUGACUUGUCAGCUUCCAUCAUCAAUUAAGAUUCUCAGAAUUUGCAAUUAAUUGAAUAGAAUUCAUUUACUAUCUGCCCACUCAAAGAAGUACAAGGGUAGAGUAAGCUAACUGGGCUUUAACAUGGUCAGAAUGUCUGGUGCAUGAACUAUAAAAAAGAGAACUGUCUCUCCCAUCCCCUUCCUUGUUUUACUCUUAGUAACAUCCAGAAUUCCCUGGAACAGAUUGCCUACCACCAGACCUUAGAAAAGACUGUCAUUCUCUUGCUCCUUACUUGAAAUACAAAUAUUGGGAAUGUCACGGACAUCGAGCAACUACUGUCAAGUGGGAGGAGAGAAUGAGCAGAAUUGCUGACUCCUAUUUGUAGAGUGAAAAGGAGGAGUGAUAAUAGAUGCCCUUCUGUCUAGCUUUCCUUUCUUCAACUAGUGGUAAUGCAAGAUUAGAAUCAAGGUUGACAGGAGGCAAGAUCACUCACUGAAGUGACAGAAAGACAAUUCUCCUUUGCUCCAAAGAGAGAAAUCUGUCACCUUUGCACCUCACUGCCUUUAAACACAGACGGGAGGGCAGGCCAAAUCUCAGCAUUGACUUUUGUCCUCCAAGAGAGGAAGAGAAGAAGUAAUUGGGCAACUCGGAGGCCCGCGCCCCAGCUAGCCUUCCUGAUCGUAACCUCCAACCUCAGGAAAGGGACCUUCCCAAAACACAGAUCCCAAAGGAAACAAAAUAGACCAAGGAGCAUAAUCUGCUUCUCUCACACAGCCUCUCUGCCAGUGGAACCUGCCUGCUUCCCUCUCAGUGCUCAGCACUCUGUGUAGUGUCUUUCAGGUUGAUACACUCUCCCAAGGUGCAGGCGCUGGCCCCAUGAGCCCAGCACCAAAGUUUUCUAAGUCAUAGGUCAGACUGUCAAGAUCAUUUCUUUAUCUAUAGGUUGAUAUUUAGCUUAAAAAAAAAGAAUAAACCUAGAACUCAAAGGAAACCUGUUGCAAAUAGCUUAGAUCAACAGUGUAUCUCUUCCCUAAGAAUGAUAGUAUCUUAGUAAGACACCUUCUAUGCAUGGUAUGGAAGCAUGAUUUUUGCUUGUGGGAAAACCUAAUAUUUUAUCAGACCCCUCGGACUUCUCAAUCCCUCCCUCUCCACACAGUAGUACUUAAUGAAAAUGUUUUGCUUUAGAGAGCAAAAUGCUACUUUCAGAAGACACUGAAAUAGUAUAUGUAUUUGCUUACCAUUUGCAAGCUAAAAUCAAGGUGGGAUGGGGUCAUUAUUUUCACAUAGAAUGUAUUUAUUUUGUGCAGGCUGUUAAACACAUCUGGCACCUAGUUUUUCCAUUAAUAGCAUUGCUAUUUUCCCUUUUUAUAAAGUAGCUUCUGCUGUCAAGGUUAACAAUUCUAUAUGCUUUAGGAAGCUAAGUUCUAAUUUCUUUUUGUGAGUUUCAUUUCUUUUAUAACCAGUAUGUUACCACAGACAUCAGUUGCAAAGCUACGAUGAUAGUGUGAUUCUUAGCCGAAAAAAAAGUGUGCGCUCUUAAAGUAUGUUCAGUUUUUCUGUCUACAUAUGCUUUGUGUGCGUUAAAAAGGGGGUGGGUGGUGUAGAUAUUCCUUUAGCUGCUUUGCAUAUUUAACCCAGUCAUCAAAAGGCAUAAAUGACUUCAAUAUUUUAUAUAUCUUGGUUUUCAAGUAUCAUUUCACAUUCUCUAUACAUGACUUUGUUAUUGUGGAAUACAAGCCUGCAAUGGAUGUAUAUAUACAGAACAUUAAUAAUUCUUAGAAGGAUGGAAGCCAAAUGGCUGCAUGAUGGAAAUUAGAAGAAAAAAAAAGCAGAAACUUGAAUUUGCUAAGCAUGUUUGGGGGGAAAUAGAAUCCUUAACUCAGUGCCUCUGUCUGCGAUAUGGAAACCUACAACUUUGUUCACCAAAAUUGUAUUAUACCUGUGUAUAUAUAUAUAUAUAAAUAUAAAUAUAGUAUAGUGAAUCAGA